GAUAAUGAGGCUGAGUUUGAUUAUAAUGGGGGUGAAGCUGCAGAUGGCAGAACAAAUGAAUCUGGAAGAGAUUACCACGAAAGUAAAAUCAAAAAUGGAAAAGAUGAACAAAAGGCAUUUGUUCAAUGUCAAAGCCUCGGGAAAAUGAGUUUUGGUAAUGAAACACGUGAUCACAAGUGUGAUAAUAAGAAUAAACGAUGCAUUGGAUUAGGAGAAGCAUCUAUGAGUUACCCAAGCACUAUACGAAUAUUGAAUAGCAUGUUAAAGGCUAAACGUAAUGUGAAUAAUUUUGUAAGGUUAAAUGGUGUAAGCUGCCGAAGGGUGAAAACAAGUGGAAAAGUCGUGAAUAAUAUGUAUGCGAGUUUAGUUGAAAGUGCAUUGCGAAUCAACAAUGCGAAAAUUAAGGUGAUGAAUACCUUGAGAUUUGAAAGUAAUGAAAGUUUUGAUAAAGGUAGUAAUGAUCUAAAAAAAGCUAGACACGUUAUGUGUUAG